AUGGUAAACAUACGACAACAUAUGAAUGGUACAACUGAUACAUGUACUUUCCGCAAUGAAACAUUAACCGACGAUGAUAUUGAAUAUAUUACCUUGAAUUUACCUUCAACCUGUCGAUAUCUUCGUUUUUCUAGCAUAAAAUUAAGUGAAACAGCUGUGAGUUAUAUUGCUGAAAAUCUUCUACUCCGUGGAAAUAAUUUCAACUUGAAAAGUCUAUCGUUGUAUGGUACAAAUUUGACAGACGAAGGUAUAACAAAUUUAUGUCGUGCAUUGAUCGAUGGUAAUAAUCAUCAACUAAAAUCUAUGGACAUUGAAUUGAACAAUAUUACGGAUGUUGGUGCACGAGAAAUUGCAAAAAUGUUAGAAGUAAAUCAAGGUUUAAAAAGAUUGGAUAUAAGUUAUAUGAAUAUUGGACGUGAAGGUAUAAUGCAUAUUUUAACUGCAUUAGAAGAGAAAAAUAGAACUUUAAAGACUUUGGAUAUUACAGGAUCGAUAUCUACAGAUGAAAAUAUAAACGAAAUUAUUCAACGAAUUCAUGAACGAGUCAAUGUGAUAAACAUGUGGCCAAAUCAUGGGCAAUGA